AGGUCUCAGAGAUUGAGAGAAAAUCUUAGUAAGGCCCAGCUCACACUCUCUCUGGCAUCCACUCUAGCUAUAGAGAGAGAGAGAGAGAGAGGAACAUUGGGUUUUCAACUUCUUCACUGUUUUUCCCUGUGCUUCAGCUUCAUCUUCAAAAAGGUAAGUCAAAAUUUUCAAUUAUUUGCCACAUUUUUGGCUUCAAGAUCUGUGAACCCAGAUCUGUAAAGCCUUAAUCUUUUUACUGAAUUCUUGCAUUUUAGUAAUCUGGUAACUUUUGUUUUGGUCUUAACAAGUAGAUUUAGUUCCUAAAAAUAUGUUGGGUCGUUCUGGGUUGUCUAGGACUGGAAGCUUUAGGCCAGAGAAUCUAGGACAAAAUGCUUUACAUAUGAUUGGCAAUCUUUGUUUCACUCUAUUUGUAGUAGGUGUCCUAGUUUUCACUAUUAUAGCUGCUACUUAUGAGCCGGAGGACCCUCUUUUCCACCCUUCUACAAAGAUCACAACUUUCCUCACUUCCACAUCUAAUGCCACAUUUCAAUCUGAUAACACGGUUGUUAGAACGGGAGAGGACUUUAUGGCCUCCAACCAGACUGCAUUUGCCACUUUUAUCAAUGUCACAGAUGUAGUAGAAAUCAAAGAGGCGACUACAGAUGAAACUAGUUCAUCUGGAUGUGAAGGUGAUUUGAAAGGACCACUUGAUUGUAAGGACCCGGAAGUGUUCCAUUUGAUGAUGAAAGUGGCAAUCGAGCAAUUUAAGGAUAUACAUUUUUAUCGGUUUGGGAAGCCGGCUUCUGGUCCCGAGGAGAAUACUUGCGAUAUGGCAUGGCGCUUUAGGCCUAAGGAAGGGAAGACAGCUGCUUUUUAUAAGGAUUAUAGGCGGUUUGUGAUUAAUAGAUCGGAGAAUUGUACGCUUAGUGUGGUGAGCAUUGGAGAUUAUCAUUCAGGUGUGAAUGCAAGGAAGAAGAAAAAUAAGAAUCAAAAGCCUGGAUUUGAGAAGACGACUGGUAGGCAGGACCAAGCUGCGGUGUCUUUGCCUGUUGUUGGGGAAACAGUGAAUGAUUCACUUCCGGUGGUUGAGUCUGAGAAUGCAUUUAGCCAUGGGAAGUACUUGAUUUAUGUGGGUGGCGGAGAUAGGUGCAAGAGCAUGAACCAUUAUUUGUGGAGUUUCUUAUGUGCAUUGGGUGAGGCGCAGUAUUUGAAUCGAACUCUGGUUAUGGAUUUGACCCUUUGUUUGUCUUCAAUUUACACUUCGUCAAAUCAGGAUGAGGAAGGGAAAGACUUUAGGUUUUACUUUGAUUUUGAGCAUCUGAAGGAGGCAGCAUCCGUGUUGGAUCAGGAGCAGUUUUGGCAAGAUUGGAAUAAAUGGCAAAAGAAAGAUGGGUUGGUUCUUCAUCUUGUUGAAGAUUUUAGGGUGACUCCAAUGAAGCUUUCUGAGGUGAAGGAUUCUUUGAUUAUGAGAAAGUUUGGAUCUGUGGAGCCAGAUAAUUACUGGUACAGGGUUUGUGAAGGAGAGACAGAAUCUGUUGUUCAAAGGCCAUGGCAUCUGGUAUGGAAAUCAAGAAGGUUGAUGGAUAUAGUGUCAGCUAUUGCAUCAAGGUUGAACUGGGAUUAUGAUUCUGUUCACAUUGUAAGAGGGGAGAAGGUGAGGAACAGGGAUCUGUGGCCUAAUCUCGCGCAAGAUACCUCACCUGAUGCACUUAUCUCAACCUUGCACGAUAAGAUUGAAGGUGGGAGGAAUGUGUAUAUUGCAACCAAUGAACCUGAUACAUCCUUCUUUGAACCUUUGAAAGACAAAUAUUCCACUCAUUUUCUUAAUGACUAUAAGGAUCUUUGGGAUGAGAACAGUGAGUGGUAUUCAGAGACAACGAAGCUUAACAAUGGAGUUCCAGUUGAAUUUGAUGGGUACAUGAGGGUCUCUGUUGAUACAGAAGUUUUCUUGAGAGGGAAGAAGCAGAUUGAGACUUUCAAUGAUCUGACUAACGAUUGCAAAGAUGGUGUUAACACCUGCAAUAGGGCAGCCAGUUAAUCCCCUAUACAUGAGGUUGGAGACUUCGCUGUGACAUUUGGGUAUUUUUAGCUAUUGUCUUUGUUACCUUUAAUAAACUGUAUGCCUUAUUUACUAGUUUUGUCAUUAAGUGGCAUUUCGUGAAUUUUGUACUUGUAGAAUAUUGAUUAUCAAUGUUAUCAAUGUUUCAUGACUUGGCAUCAUAUGAGGUUCUAGACUA